AUGCCACAGCAAAACGCUAUCGUUUUUGACUGGUUAAAUGGUGCAGAAGAUAUAGACAAGGUAGAGGCAUUUUAUAAGUUUAGGAUCAGUUCUGAACAUAGUCCUCAAAAUUCAGCGAUUUUUUCAUAUCAGUUUCAGUUAGAGUAUUUUCCAAGUUAUUGUCUAAAAAAGUGGAAAAGGAUGUCGUUGGAAGUGUGUUUGAUGAAAGGCAUCAACGGAGCAACUGGACGUUGUAAAAUUGACCACCAAAUGUGGACUCCGUUGCACUGGGCAGCAGAGGAAGGCCAUACUGAAAUGAUGAAGCGACUUUUUGGAAACGGUGCGAACCUCGAUACAACAGACAUGGAUGAAGCAUUUCGUUGA